AUGAAGGCAGUUAUUUGUUUAUUUUUCAUCGUACUUAUUGCAAUUUGUAAUGGAGAUAAGCCACAUUACGAUCUUAACAAGGCUCCUGAAUUAUUCGAAUUGUUUGUGCAGAAUUACAAUCGUCACUAUGAGAACGAAGAAGACAAACUAGCGCAUUUCCAAGCUUUUGUUGAAACUCUAAAAACUAUCAACGAACUAAAUGCGCUACCUCAUAGUGCUACACAUGACAUUAACAAAUUUGCUGAUUACACGCCGGAAGAACGCAAAAAAAUCCUUGGCCUUAAUCCACCAGUAACUGUGGCCUAUGCAUUAAAGAAACCACACUAUGAUCUGAAAGAUGCUCCCGCAUUAUUUGAAAAGUUUGUUAAAGACUACAAUAGACAUUAUAAAAAUGAAGCUGAUAGGCAGGUGCAUUACGAAGCAUUUGUUGAAAGUUUGAAAGACAUCAAUAAGGCUAACGCGGAAAGUUCAAAUGCUGUUUUUGAUAUAAAUCUUUUUGCUGAUUACACAAAAGAAGAACAGGAACAUCAUCUUGGCUUCAUUGUUAAUAAACCUGUAACUGUGAGCUAUGCAUUAAAGAAACCAUACUAUCAUUUAAAAGACGCUCCUGCUUUAUUUGAAAAAUUUGUUAAAGACUAUGAUAGACAUUAUAAAGAUGAAGUUGAUAGGCAGGAACAUUACGAAGCAUUUGUUGAAACUUUGAAAGUAAUUAAUAGAGCUAACGCGGAACAACCAAGUGCUGUUUUUGAUAUUAAUCUAUUUUCUGAUUAUACAAAAGAAGAACGGGAACAUCAUCUUGGCUUUGAUUAUAAUAAUAAUCAGGAUGCGCCUGAUUUAUUUGAGAAAUUUACAAAGGAUUACAACCGAAACUACAAGGAUGAAGCGGACAGAGAAGAGCAUUUCCAAGCAUUCAUCAAAACUCUGAAAAGUAUAAACAAAGCAAAUGCAGAGUCCUCACAUGCUACAUUUGAUAUAAAUAAAUUUGCUGAUUAUACACCAGAGGAACGAAAAAAUAUGUUCGGUUUGAAUUUACGUGAAAUCUGUAUAAUAUCAUUUUGUAUAACGUUAUGA